CAGCAUUUAUUUGAUCCACCUAAUUAAAAACAUACAUGCUGAGAUCAAGAUCAAAGAUCUGUUGAGAUUGAGCAGAUUAUCUGUGGGGGGCCAGCUCAACUAAUCUAGACAUAUAAGAUCAAACAACUCAGUGAAAAACAAUUGUAACCAAUCAGAAUACAGCAUUGAGAUUAUCUUCAUCAAUCUGUAUAAAUAGCAGGAAUUUUUCUUCCACUCUUCAGACUUAACGUCAGUGAUCUAUACAGCACAACAAGCAUAAAUAAAGUGAAAGAUACUUCAAAAUGGCAUUUCAUUGUGAAACCACUACUCCAGCAAGAUGUCUGUUUGAUACAGUCUACAGUAUGAACACUCCAGUCUGCAAGAAGAACCUGUUCCAGUCUCAACUAACAACACCAGCAGCAAACAGGGCACCAAAGAAGACCACAUUCGAUUCGCCAUUCUCCAUCAAGAGCCUACUGAACCUGGAUGAAAACAAACAGACUAUAGCAGCAUCAACACCACCAGCAACAGUACACAGUAGCAUCAUGUCAGGCCUAGCCUCAUAUCCUGUCUUCAAUGAGUUAACCAAGACUCUCGCUACAGAUAUCAACUCUUGCACUGUGCCAUCUCAACUGUUCCAGACUAUAUUGCCUCAGCAGACACCAGUGUCUGUCUGUACAUCUGCUCUGAAGAAUCGCUUCAACUCACUCAAGUACAAGCUGCAAGACCACACCAAGCUGCUGGAAUUGGAAUCUUUCUACCUACAACAGUCUCAACAGAUUGAGUAUGAGCGUCACAGCCAUCUCUCCAACUGCCAAUCAGCACACCAGCACGCUAUCAACUGCCAGUAUGACCAUCAACUAAGCCUCCUGAUUGGCCGUGUAGAGAGCAGCCUCGGCAUCCUAGAAAGCUCCAUCACCUUCAGAGACUCCAUCAGCCAUGACCUGGUUAACUUCGAGACAAGGAAUCAAGAGGAGGACUACACCAACCCAGGAAAUCCACUCCUGGCAUCUACACCAAAAAAGUGUUCCCUCAAGGCCAAGCGUCAUCAAGGUCAUCGUAAACCCUACAGUCGGCAAUCAAAACGUGCAUUGGACAAUUGGUUCUCCAUGAACAUACACAACCCGUAUCCGACAGAGGAGGUAUGUUCUCAACUUGCCACAGAGACUGGACUUACUACAUCACAGAUUCGCAAGUGGUUUGCCAACAAGCGACAGAGGGGAGGUGUUAACAAGAAGCUGAUCAACCAUCUUACAACACAACACAGACAAUCUCACAAACUCUUUCCUUGUGAUAACCAAAUGCACUGAUCAGCUUGCAUUGUGAUAAAUUGCCAAACUGUUGUAAUUGUACAUAAUGUUAAUUCAUUGUAAUAUAAUGUUAUCUUUGUGUUGUUAUCUGCAAUAAAUUAUGAAAAUAAUCUUCCCUGUCUUGUUUUUUGAAUUAAGGUUUCUGAAUCCUUGUCAAGGUACUGGUUAUAUAAUAGCCAAUGACACAUGAUGAAUCUCACAAAAUUGAUUCCCCCAAUUUAUGCCCUUUUUUUAGUUCAACACUGACUGUU